AUGAUUAUUCCUACUUAUGAUGAUGUUCUAGAUGCCAGUGAACGGAUUAAGGGGCAUGUGAAUAAGACACCUGUUUUGACUUCACGUACGCUUAAUGAUCGACUUGAAGCAGAGGUAUACUUUAAAGGCGAGAAUUAUCAACGAGUUGGAGCCUUCAAGUUCCGGGGCGCAAUGAACGCUGUUUCAAAGUUAAGUGAUAAAGAAAGAAAAAAGGGCGUAAUCGCAUUCUCAUCAGGAAAUCACGCACAAGCCAUUGCUCUAAGUGCAAAAUUGUUUAAUGUGCCUGCAACAAUUAUUAUGCCCGAGGAUGCGCCUGCACUUAAAGUUGCUGCUACAGCCGGUUACGGAGCUCAUAUCAUCAAGUAUAACAGAUAUACAGAAGACCGUGAGCAUAUCGGGCGCCAAUUGGCAGCCAAACAUGGAUAUGUGCUCAUCCCACCUUAUGACCAUCCUGAUGUCAUUGCAGGACAAGGAACAUCUGCCAAAGAAUUAUUCGAAGAAGUCGGAGAGCUUGAUGCAUUGUUUGUUCCGUUGGGAGGCGGAGGCCUUCUUUCGGGAUCUGCGCUUGCUGCUAGAAGUCUCUCUCCAGGCUGUAAAGUUUUUGGAGUAGAACCUGAAGCUGGUAAUGACGGACAGCAAUCCUUCAAAUCUGGCUCAAUCGUUCACAUUGAUACUCCAAGCACGAUCGCGGACGGUGCCCAAACACAGCAUUUGGGAGAGUACACCUAUGCUGUCAUUCGUGAAAACGUUGAUGAUAUUUUGACUGUAAGUGAUGAAGAGCUAGUAGAAUGCAUGCAUUUCCUUGCAGAACGCAUGAAGCUGGUUGUGGAGCCCACCGCAUGUUUGGGAUUUGCAGGCGCACUUUUGAAGAAGAGAGAACUUGUCGGUAAGAAAGUUGGGAUAAUACUGAGUGGAGGAAACGUAGAUAUGAAAAGGUAUGCUACGCUAAUCUUAGGGACAGAAAAUUGCCUAAAAAAUUAG